AUAAAAUAAAAUGCAUAAACUUUUUUUUAAAUAAAUUAGCAUUUCAUGGACAAGACUACGCAAGAACAAGUACUUUUGUAUGUAGCCAAGAAUCUGGACAAUAUUCCUUUUAAGACAUUAAGGCUAGGAGAAGUCGAAUUAAGCGACAAGGAAAAGCUUGAACAAAUGAAAUCAACACUUGAAUUAGAUCCUGGGCUAUUUCUUAGCAAAUGGGGUCGCCAUUUAUCUCAAAGUACGCUUUCAUUAUUUCAAUGUCUACAAGAUGAUUACGAAGUCAACUUUUAUUUGUCUUCUCUUCUUUACAAGCAAAGUCCACCCUUAUUACCUAGAGAAAAUGCACGACAACAAAAGUCUGCUUUACACACUCUUUCACUAAACAGAAGAUAUGAAUAUCUUAAACGUCAAUUACGGCAUUCAGACUAUUUUUCUGAUGAAGCUAUGCAAUUAAGAGAACCAGAACUAUAUGAACAAUUUGUAGGAAGACAUGUACCAGCAAGUGAAAAGAACAAGCCUUUUGAAAAUGACGUUACUCUAGUCAACCGAAUUUUGAGCAAUAUUGAUCGAAAAUAUGUUAGUGAUAGGCUGGAUGAGCAGCGACAAAUUGAAGAAGAGCAAUUUGAGGAAGAAGAAGAUACAGAUGAUGAAGAUAUAAAAAUGAAAGAUAUUCAAGAAGCACCUAGUAGUAUAGCUUCUGAAAGAACAGGCGAGGCAGACGAUGGGAAUAUUGAAGAGGUGGAGGAUGAAGAUAUUGAAGCUGUGAUGCAAUAUAGGGAAGAGCAAAGACAGGAGCUUAUAAGAUUACUAGAAGAGAAGUUUUUGGCAGGGAAAGAUGAUUUUGACUACACAGCAGUUGAUUAUAAUGAAGAAUAUGAUGACCUUGACCAGCAAGAAAGAGAUAUCCAAGACAAGUAUUUUGAUGAAGAUGACAAUCUUGAUUAAAAAGAAAGCAUAAUUAAAACCAAUAAAGACCUUAGAUGAAGGUGGUAUAUAAAAGAUUUAUUUAAAAACAAAAUUAAAGAAAUAUAUAAUUUUUG